AUGGGUGAUUACUACCACCACUUCUUGACCUCCAUGGCCGGAGUGGUGGGCAAUUUGGACACAAGCAGCACCGAGGAAGCGCAACUCCAGCAGUUUGGGGAUUCCCAAUCACCCGUGACGCAGUCACCACUGCAUGGUCCGAUCCCACCUGCAUUCCAAAAUUUUGGGUAUUUCACGGACUACUCUGAGAAUGUGCCAUACGCUGCACCCAAAUCACAAAAAAGCCGGAAGAAGUCUGCACAUGAAGAUGUGGAGGACGAUGUCAGCCGGAGCACCAAGCUCGAAACAAUUCCGGAUGAGGAUGAAGACGUCAACCAGAUUCCGAACUUUUCUGAACGACCGACAUGGUCGCGCGCGACAUCGACAGGGACCUCCAUCAACCAGAUUUCGCGAGCUACACGGCAAACCUCGGAAUCACCGUCUGCAGACGGUAAUGUAAGCUCCCCAUCGAACUCGACCAGAACUAGCAGCACACAUACAGCAACAACACCAUUGGCUGUGGAUAACCCAACCCUUUCGACCACCUCGUUUCCCGACUGGACUCACCUAUCCCCAGGUGUACAACAAUAUAUGAACUACUUCUACAAGCAUAUGGAUCACCACAACUAUUGUAUUGUGCACGAUGGCGACAACUUCUUCCACGGCAUCCUACCAAACUUUGCCUUGCAAAAUGAAGCGCUCUUGAAUGCCAUAGUCGGAUUCUCGGCAUAUCUUUACUCGCUGGAGCACAAUCCCAACGGCAACAUGUGGGAGUUUCUCCAGUACUAUAACAGGGGCGUGACGCUGUUACUGGCUUCUCUAAAGAGGAAGGAGAAGCCAGAUAUUGGAACGCUCCUUACGAUCUUGCAGCUAGCCACUAUUGAAGAGUACCUUGGUGACUGGAUCAACCUAAUGGGGCAUCAGAGGGCAGCUUGCGACAUCAUCACCAGACUUUUCACCCCGCAGACAGCCGUGCAAACCCCCUUGGGUCGAAUGGUUCUCACGUGGUAUUCUCGGUUCGAUACCUUUGUAGCUAUGAUGGGUGGCUUUCCGACUGCGCUUGGGCAAGAGUGGUUCACACACCACAUCGACUACGCACGACAUCAGCAAUUGUCUUCCAACGAGGAACAACGCUCUUUCCAUUGGAAAGCAGAGACACAGUACGCAGGUUUACGCUUGCUCUCCAGAGAGAUGUCUAUGCUAUAUGCCCGAAUCACCAGGGGGCAGAUGACGUCGGAGGAGUUCGAGAUGGCUCAUGCGCAGACGUUGCAGCGACUUCGGGACUGGAAGGUCCAGCAGGACGCUGAACUUGAGGACCCGACAAGUCUUGUUACAGACUUUACUUGGGCGCCGGUUCCCGAUGAAGCUGAUAUUGUCAGCCCCUUCUCGCCGGGAAUGCUCUACGAUCACCCAAAACUGGCGACGACGUUUUUGACCGUCAUCUGGCUGUCCAUGAUCAUCAUGCACCAAUGCCAGUCGCCCACUUCGGACCGCGAUCGGUUGUACAGCGAGCUAGCAGGCCACGCAUAUCACGUAUGCACGAUCUUCGAGCUGAUCCAUCAUUGGCCUAACAGCCCAAAAGGUGGUCUCCUACCGCUGGAAGCACCCCUCGCCAUCAGUGCGUUGUUCGUCCCGCAGGAUGCGAAGCACCACAUGUGGUUUAGGCGCAGGUUCGCUUUGAUGGAGACAAAGGGAUAUAUCCAUCCUGUCAAGGUGCGCAGCAAGAUGGGUGUACUAUUCGGUGCACCUGAAUGUGAGCGUUGGUGGCUACCCAACGAUGAGGGGUUCAGCCCUCUGCUCCAGGCAAUUCGCAACCUGGCCGACGAACGUAACGCCACCGCCAUCAAUGCGCAAGAGGAGAAUCUGCGCGAGGUUCGGCAUAUCUUCACCAAAAUGCAGUUGGCCGAAGGUCAACAGGCGAACUAA